CAGUGAAAAAUUAAUACCAAAAAGAUUUUUACAAGAUAAUGAUAUGGAUCUGGGAGAAGUACCAACUGAAUUGCCUCGACUUAGUCAAGUUGAGGAAAUGUUAAUUGUGCAGUACACAAAUAUUUUAGCUUGGUUAAAUUACCUUAAAGAAAAUAAUCCAUUUUAUGUUAAUAUUAAAAUUGAUCAUAAUAUGUUACAAACUCUUCCCAAAAAUGCAACUGAAGAAGUUGCUACUUAUAAUGAAAUUAACAGUCUUAUGAAUUCAGAUAAUAUUAUAUCUUGGCCUACUAUUAAUGACAUUUCUAUCAAUGAGUUUAAGGAUACUGGUUAUAUAACAAGAGCAUUUUUUGCAUUAUUUUCUACUGGAAAAGCAGAUUUAUGUAAGACUUCAACCUUUAGUUGGAAUGCUAUGCAACAAGAUGAAAAAUCAAUGAAAAAAAUGAUUAGUUAUGUGGAUUUGAAUGUUACAGCCAUGAAUCCAAAUACUUUUACUUUUAAUAGGCUUCAAAAGUACAUUAAAUGUUCACCGUCUUAUUGUCUUGUGAUAAACAAAAAUACUAAAUUAGAAAAAUAUCAGUUUGGCUAUUCUAAGAAAUUACAUGAUUCAACAAUAAUUCAACUUAAUAAAUAUAAUAAACAAGAUUUCUCAGCUCAAAAAACAUUACAUCUUCUUUUAAUGCUUCCAUUAGUUAAAUUGUCUUGUAUAUUUUUUACUCUUAAUCUUAAUAAAGGUGGUGCAUUGCAUAAAUUAACUCAUAGUAAUGAUAUACAAAACCAAAAUGAUAAUGACAAUGAUGAGUAUGAAGAACUUGAUGAAGAUAAUAUUGAAUUUCAAGAACCUUGGAU